AUGACGUCAUCGUCGGCGUCAUCACGUUCUUCCGACUAUUGGAAAAGAUUCCAGGCGGCCCAUAUUGAUGCAGACGCCGAGAACCUGGGCUUCAUGAAGAUCUGUAACGUUUCAAGAGCGCCAAACUACUACAUGCUUUCAUCCUCAUCAUCCUCUUCCUCUUCCUCUUCAUCAUCAUCAACUAAACCAUCACCGUCGUCGUCAUCGUCAUCCAAAUCUUCGAAGCUACCCCCUAUUUCAUCAUUUCAGCCAUCACCGCCGUCAAAAUCCAGACAGCAGCCCGUCUCGUCUGGGUUAUUUUCUUCCAUAUCAUCACCUUCUUCUUCUUCUUCCUCCUCUUCAUUUUCAUCAUCUUCUCCAUCUUCAUCUCUGAUACACCUGCACCAGAUGGUGGCGUUUCUUCAGUCCAACAGUAUUGAUCCCACUAGCAUAUCUUCGAUUGAGAAAAUCUACCCGGCCUUUGAGAUAGCCAUCGAGAAGGUUGACCACCUUCGCUUGAUACCAGCUGGCCACCAGAUGACGGUUUUUAUAAGCCGAAUUCGCCUGAAGGAUCACUCUGCCGCACUUAACAACGCCAUUCAGCUGUUCUACAGUGGCAAGAUGGACCUAUAUAAUCACUAUUUCACUUUACACGUGCAAUUUGAUUCGAGCUGCGGGUGUGGUGUAGUGGUUACGAACGUGGACUCCGGGUUCGAAUGCAUGCUGUGCCACAUUCCAAAGCUUAUCAUGUAA